CGCUUUGCUUUGACUGGAGCUGGAUUCGAAUCUAAACUGGUGAAUAAACGAGAGGAGAGGGUGGGCGGAGGUACAACUACAGGUACAGAUGUGCAGUGGAACGGAUUGAAACUGAAAGAUAUCAGUUUGAAGGAAUAUGGGUUUAACCGACGGUAGCAGAGAUGAUGAAUUGGCAGUGGAAAAGUCGUCUCCAUCUCAUCCUCUGCUAUCGACCAAAAUCAAUAUCCCCAAGGACUCCUUCAACUUUGCCUACGCAAUCUACUUCACAUUGGGUGCCGGUUACCUCCUCCCGUGGAACGCCUUCAUUACCGCCGUCGAUUACUUCAGCUAUCUCUACCCGGAUGCCAGCGUCGAUCGGGUUUUCGCGGUGGUUUACAUGCUCAUCUGCCUGGUGUGCCUCCUCGUCAUCGUCCUCUUUGCCCACAGAUCCCAUGCCUCGGUUCGAAUCAACGCGGGCCUUGUGCUGUUCGCGCUGUCCCUGCUCGUGGUCCCUGUCAUGGAUGUAGUCUAUAUCAAGGGAAGGACGGGCCUCUAUCCUGGCUAUUAUGUCACCGUUGCCGCAAUUGGCCUUUCUGGGGUGGCCGACGCCUUGGUCCAGGGCAGUAUUGUUGGUGCCGCUAGCGAGCUUCCUGAGAGAUAUAUGCAGGCUGUAGUUGCGGGAACUGCCGCGUCCGGAGUUCUGGUUUCAUUUUUGAGGAUUGUAACCAAAGCUGUAUUUCCACAAGAUGCUCAUGGUCUCAGAGAAAGUGCCAACCUUUAUUUCAUCGUUAGUAUUGCUGUUAUGGCCAUAUGCAUCAUCUUCUAUAAUGUUGCAGACAGGCUUCCUGUUAUUCAAUAUUACAAAGAAUUGAAAAUUCAAGCUGUAAACAAGGAUAAAAUUGAGGAGGGCUCCUUGACUGGGUCUUUAUUCAGAGCAACAUUGUGGGACAUUGUAGGGAGGGUGAAGUGGUUUGGGUUUGGGAUCAUCCUUAUAUACAUUGUAACCCUGUCAAUAUUUCCAGGAUAUAUUACGGAGGAUGUGCACUCCCAGAUCCUUAAAGACUGGUAUCCAAUCCUUCUUAUUACUGGCUACAAUGUGUUUGAUCUGGUUGGCAAGUCUUUGACAGCAAUUUAUCUCCCAGAGUCCUCUAAGAUGGCAAUUGGAGCCUGUGUGGCAAGGCUGUUGUUUUAUCCCCUCUUCCUGUUGUGUUUGCAUGGACCCAAGUUCUUCCGAACAGAGAUUCCAGUCUCCAUCCUAACAUGCCUUCUUGGGCUCACAAACGGCUACUUGACAAGUGUAUUAAUGAUCAUGGCUCCCAAGACCGUCCAGAUACAACAUGCUGAGACUGCUGGUAUUGUGAUUGUGCUGUUCUUAAUUAUUGGCUUGGCAGCUGGUUCGGUUGUGGCAUGGUUCUGGCUUAUCUGAUACUUGCACCUUUAUCUUUAUAUCCUCUCACUAAUUGUCAAUGUAUUGUGAGAAUCAAAUUUCUUAAACUGGAUUUCCAACUACUACAUUUUGUAAAACCUUGGCAUCUAUGCUGUAAGUUUUAUGUAUGUCUUGCUCAAUUUUUGAA